AUGGAGAAACAACCCCUCGAUUUCUGUGGUUCUUUCGAUAUCUCCGGGGCUCAGGAAGCAAAUAAAGAUCAACUUCUCUCAGCCAAGCUAUGCGAUAAGAAGAGGAAGUACCAGCAUAACCUCGAAAGUGAAGAAAAUAGUGGAGUUUCGACUGAUUUAACCCUUUCUUGUGAUUUUCCCAGCAAGAUCAAAAGGCCAAGAAUUAGCAAAAUCAGUUCAUCUGCUGAAAUUAAGAAAUCCAUUCCCAGUGUUGUUGUUGUUUCAACUGAACUAAAACUAUUCGAUGAAACUUGGAUUGGUUAUGCCUCGGCAACUGCAAAAAGAAGGGAACCUGAUGAUGAUGUAUCCAAAGAGUCCUCGAAUUCAGAACUCAAAACACUGGCCCGAAAUACUAAGAAUGAGAUAAUUUGCAAUUCUGUAGAGGAGAGAAAAAAGAGGCUGAAACAUCCGGUUUGGACAAAACUGGCACUUUCUGAUCCAUGGAAGAUUAAGAAGAGGCUAACGGGUAGUGAUCUUGGUAACCAUUGUAGACUUUUGGUGGGAUCAGUUUGGGUCAAGAAUCAUAUUUUGCCAUUUAUGAGCAAUGAAACUGUUGAGGAGAUCAGAAGAGACGGUGCUCGAGUUCCUUUCUGGGAUUGCGAUACUAACACCGAGCAGCAUCUGAUUUUGAAGCAUUGGCAUACAGCCAAGAGUUAUGUGUUCAUCAAUGGCUGGUUGAAUCAUUUUGUGAAAAGAAGGAAGUUAGUUGAAGGAGAUUUGAUAGGGAUUUAUUGGGAUCCAUCAGAAGACAUAUUCAAAUUUUCUGUUCUUGAGAGAGCUUCUGACGUCUAUCCAUGA